AUGGCCGGCAGCGACACCGCCGCGGCCUCGGCGCAGGCGGACGCCGCGGCCAUCUGCGGUCAGAUCGCCUCCGCCUUCUCCGCGCCGUCGCCGCACCCGCCCGCGCGCUCCGUCCUGGUCUCGGAGCUCGAGGCCGUGGCCUCGCGGGGCGGCCGCGUGUUCGUGCACGGCGUCGGGCGGGAGGGCCUCAUGAUGCGCGCGCUCUGCAUGCGCCUGGCGCACCUGGGCCUCCCCGCGCACUGCGUCGGCGACGUCACGGCGCCGCCCGCGGGCGCCGGGGACCUCCUCGUUGCCUCGGCGGGGCCCGGCGCGUUCUCCACCGUCGACGCCAUCUGCGGCGUGGCGCGCGGCGCCGGCGCGCGCGUCCUGCUGCUCACGGCGCGCCCCGGAGGGGACUUCCCGCGGCGCCAGGCCGACGUUGUGGCGCACCUCCCCGCCCAGACCAUGGCGGACGACGAGGAGGGGGCGGGGGAGACGGAGAGGUCGCCGGCGCGGGCGAAGCUGCCGAUGGGCAGCCUGUACGAGGGAGCUAUGUUCGUGCUGUUCGAGAUGGUGGUGCUGGAGCUCGCGCGCGUCUUGGGCCAGAGCCCGUCCCAGAUGAGGGCCCGCCACACAAACUUGGAGUAG